AUGGGUGAUUUUCAUGAUUACCUUUCCCUUUCUGACAAAAUAGGGGGUGACAUGUCUCGUGCUCCAUCCACACAAUUUCAAUCCUUUGUUGAUAAUCAUGCACGUCACCCUAUUUCUCCUUUAGGUAAUCUUUUCACUUGGACUAACCGACAAAAACAACCGUCUCACACCCAGGAAAGACUUGACUGGUGUCUCUCCAAUGCUAAUUGGGAUGUCCACUUUCCUACUCCUCGUCUUUAUCAUGGCGAUUUUUUUGGCUCUGACCAUCAGCCACUUAUUAUCACAUUGCAUCACUCUGUUGACCAAUCUCAUCAUGUCCCCCGAUUCAUCUUUGAUAGGCUUUGGAUGUCCGAACCUGAUUUUGAGACUUGCCUUCGCGAUGCUUGGAUGCUGAACAACCAGAAUCAUCAUUCUAAUCCAUUGAUUGGAUUCAAUGAAAAAUUGUCUAAUUGUUCGUCCCGGCUUAAGCAAUGGAAGCAAUCUUUGGGACCUCCGCUUGCUACUCAAAUUCGUGAAGUUCAAUCUCAACUCAAAGUUGUUCAAUCCUUCCCUCGACCCACUAAUGAUAAAUUAGAUCAGGGAAGGAAGCUUGAAAAGGAAUUAAACAGUUUGUUGCAGAAAGAGGAGGACUACUGGCAACAACGAUCCCGUGUCACAUGGCUCUAG